CAUUUCUGAAUUGAGCAAGCUUCCAUUAUUGGAGACGAUCAUUUGCGUGAAGAGAAACGGUCACCUUCUUCAUCCUUUCCUCAUCUUCUCUGUUUCCUAUAUAAACCACUCAAUCUCCAUUGAUCUUAUGAAGAUCCCAACCUCAUCUCCUCCUAAAAUAUAACCCACAUGGCUUCAAACCUUAUGCACGUCAUCUGUUUGAUAACAUUCCUAGCUGGUAUGCAAGCGACACAGGCAGUAGAAUACACCGUCAUCAACACCGCCCUCGCAAUGGCUGGUGGCGUACGCUUUAACAAUGAAACAGGCACAGAUUACGCGAGACAAACACUAGAUGCCGCAACCCAAUUCAUAUGGGGGAUCUUUCAACAGCAAAACAACGCGUCAGACAGAAAAGAUGUGCAGAAAGUGAGGUUAAUAGUGGAAGACAUUAAUGGGGUUGCAUAUACCAGCAAAGAUGAGAUUCACUUAAGUGCAAGAUACGUCGGGAACUAUUCAGGAGAUGUGAGAAGAGAAGUAAGUGGCGUGCUGUAUCAUGAGAUGACUCAUGUGUGGCAGUGGAAUGGGAAAGGUGAGGCUAAUGGAGGGUUGAUCGAAGGGGUUGCUGAUUUUGUGAGGCUAAAAGCAGGGUACGGACCGAGCCACUGGGUGAAGGCAGGUGAGGGAGAUAGGUGGGAUCAUGGGUAUGAUGUUACGGCUCAUUUUCUAGAUUACUGUGAGAGUUUGAGAAGUGGGUUUGUGGCUGAAUUGAACAAGAAGAUGAGAAAUGAUUACAGUGAUCAGUUCUUUGCUGAGCUACUUGGGAAGAGUGUUGAUCAACUAUGGAAUGAGUAUAAGGCGAAGUAUGGGAAUUAGUGGCAGUGGAAAAAAGACGAUGAAUAAUGUAAUGUUGUUUAAUUUACAAAGUCCCUUGAAUUAUUUGUUAGUAG